CGGCGCGACCGUCAUUCCUCACUCCCGUCUCCCCACCCCCCUCAAGCCCGCUCGUGAGGGCGGCGAGCUUCGAAAGGGCGGGAAAGGCGGUUGGAAAGGGUGGCCCGAGCGGUUACUCACUCCAUGGCUACGCAAAGGAGAGGCGGCGGCGGCCUCGGCUGAAGGGGAAAGGCGGUAGUAGAGGAGCGCAGACGCGUGACAUCACCAUUUCCUCUGGGAAGCUGGUGUUGAUUACAGGAGUGAGGCUGGGGAACAAGCACAGGUCGCAGACGCCGGCGGAUCUGCUUUGGGAGCCUGAGUAGCUGCUGCCACCAGAGUCUGGAGCCAUGAGCGGGUUUAACUUUGGAGGCGCGGGCGCCCCAACAGGCGGGUUCACUUUUGGCACUUCAAAGACGGCGACGACCACCCCUGCUACAGGGUUUUCUUUCUCCACGACCGGCACUGGCGGGUUUAAUUUUGGGACCCCCUCCCAGCCGGCUGCAAGUACCCCUUCCACCAGCUUGUUCUCACUCAGUUCCCAGACUCCAGCAGCCCAGACCUCGGGGUUCAGUUUUGGAGCCUCGACCCCCGCAUCAGGAGGAUCGGGCUUCUCCUUGGGCGUCAGCAUUCCAAAGCUGAACUUGAGCCACGCCACGGCCACCCCCACCACAACUGCCACUGGCGGCUUCGGGCUGAGCGGCAGCACCCUCACCAAUGCCAUCUCCAGCACCACCACCUCCAGCCAGGGCCCGGCACCCACUGGCUUCGUGUUCAGCUCCGCCUCGACCACGUCUGCCGCCCCCUCCAGCACACCUGGAGGCUUCUCAUUCACAGGUGGAGGCUCGUCCCAGACCGCAUCCUCUGGUUUCACUCUUGGCUCCUUGGGGAGCACAACCCAGCCUACGACACUUGCCACGUUGCCCUUCACUUCAGCCACACCAGCAGCGGCCACAGCAGCGGGGACCACACAGCCUGCUGUUCCCACCCUUGCCGCUGCCAGCACCAGUGCUGGAACCACACUUUUUGCUUCCAUCGCCACCACUCCAGCCUCAGCCAGCAGCAGCAGCAGCGCACUCUCCCUCGGCACCUCGACCUCAGCGGGGGCUCCCGGCACCGCAACACAGGGCUUUAACCUGAAGACCCCUGGAGUAAGUUCGGCUUCCACAGCGACAUCCACUGCCACCUCCGCCACCACCACUACUGGCAGCACCUUUACCCUGAAGUCAGGAGCACCAACGGGCCUCUCUGGCAACUUGCAGCCCAACUUGCAAACCUCCAGUACAACCACGGGAGUGUCAGCCAGUCCUGUGAUGACCUAUGCGCAACUGGAGAGCCUGAUCAACAAGUGGAGCCUGGAGCUGGAGGACCAGGAGCGCCACUUCCUGCAGCAGGCCACGCAGGUCAAUGCCUGGGAUCGCACGUUGAUUGAGAACGGUGAGAAGAUCACCACCCUGCACCGUGAGGUGGAGAAGGUGAAGCUGGACCAGAAGCGACUGGACCAGGAGCUCGACUUCAUCCUCUCGCAGCAGAAGGAGUUGGAAGACCUGCUGAGCCCACUGGAGGAGUCAGUAAAGGAGCAGAGCGGGACCGUGUACCUGCAGCACGCCGACGAGGAGCGUGAGAAAACCUACAAGCUGGCCGAGAACAUCGACGCACAGCUGAAGCGCAUGGCCCAGGACCUCAAGGACAUCAUCGAGCACCUGAACACAUCUGGGGGACCCGCGGACACCAGCGACCCACUGCAGCAGAUCUGCAAGAUCCUCAAUGCUCACAUGGAUUCACUGCAGUGGAUUGACCAGAACUCCGCGCUGCUGCAGAGGAAGGUGGAGGAGGUGACCAAGGUGUGCGAGGGGCGGCGCAAGGAGCAGGAGCGCAGCUUCCGGAUCACGUUUGACUGAGCUGGGCUAUGGGGGCGGGAGGGUCCGGGUACUGAACAGGUUCACUAGCGAUGAAAUUCUUGUUUGUUCUUCCUUUCCAAUGGUCGUGCUGUGAGAACGCUCCUGUGUGCGUGUCUUCGCAUCAGCAGUCUUUGGUACCCUCAGCCUUUCCACCUGCUCCUCGCACACUCCUCUCUGCCCAUGCACUACGGAGAGACCAAGGCUCAGGGGUGUUGGCAGUGAGCGAGACUUUCCCACCAGCGCCCGCCCUGGUGGACUGUGAAUCAGGUGCAGAGAUGGAGAAUCGCAGAGGUGGGAGGUCAAGUGAGGGACUGAACCGAGGUGUGGCAGGGCUCAGGUGGGCCAGAAGCCUUGCCUGCCCUCUUCCCAGCUACCACCUCCUGCAGACUUCUCGGUUUCACCUCCUCCAGGAAGCCCUUUCUGCUGCCUAUAGCUGUGUCACGUUGCUGUCCUGAGCUGGCCCCUUAGAUUAACACUUGGCACACUCUGGUGCAUGCGGGCCUCAACCUUCAAUAAGGAGCCAUAUAGGUGGGGACUGUUCUGUUCCCUCUUGAUUCUUGGCAACAGUCCCUCUCACUUAGAGGAGACUCACAUGAAACUAACCAAUUUGUGAAACAGCCACAACUCCCGAGUCCACAGACUCCAUCUGAGCUUCCCACGCCAUGUCCCGCCUGGUUGGAGCAGAUGGCACGACUGGUGCAUCCUGAGUGUCCUGUGUAAGCAUCUGUAUGCUCAGCUGCACUCACAUACCCAGAACUUGGUGUCACUUUCUCAAAUAAAAACGUGGAACAAAAA